UGUUGAUGACAGUAAUUAUUUCUAUAUGAAACUUGUCUUUCGAAGUCUGAGGUUGUGCUGGGAAGACUGAAACAUUGUACUGGAGUAGGAGAUGUUUUACCAACGCAAGAUGGGAAAGUUGCCAUUGUGACUGGAGGUGCUAAAGGGAUUGGGUAUGAGACCGCAAAGCAUCUAUCAAGACUGGGAAUGCAUGUGAUCAUAGCUGGCAAUUGUGAAGAUCCAGGGCAAGAAUCUGUGAAGAGAAUUAUCAAAGAAACAAGGAAUAACAAAGUGGAGUUUAUGUACCUAGAACUGGCUUCAUUGCAGUCUAUACGACAAUUUGUGGAGCAUUUCAAAGCGAAGAACCUUUCACUUCAUGUUUUGGUGAAUAAUGCGGCAGUGAUGCUGGUUCCCCAGAGAUACACAGAGGAUGGAUUUGAAGAGCACUUUGCCGUGAACUACCUAGGACAUUUCUUGCUGACCCAUCUUCUCCUGGAUGCUCUGAGGCAGUCAGGGAGCAGUGAUCACAACAGUCGAAUUGUCACUCUCUCUUCAGCCACCCAUUACAUCGGAGAGCUAAACCUUAAUGACUUGCAAAGCAGACACAGUUACUCAUCCCAUGGAGCUUAUGCCCAGUGCAAGCUUGCCCUUGUCCUCUUCUCAUACCAACUGCAGCAACGGCUAGCAGUUGAAGGGAGUUAUGUAAUUUCGAACGUGGUGGACCCAGGAGUUGUUAACACUGAUCUCUACAGGCACACCACUUGGCUCUUCAAACUGUGCAAGUGGCUGACUUCCUGGUUACUCUUUCAGACUCCGAGCCAGGGGGCCUCCACUGUGAUAUACGCCGCAGUCUCACCUGACUUGGAAGGCUCUGGAGGUUUCUAUCUCACCAAUGGCCAGAAGACAAAAUCAGCAGAUGUUUCGUACGACGAAGACCUCCAGAAAGAACUUUGGACCCGGAGCUGCAAGCUGGUUGGGAUUCUGGAGACGCAUGAUCAGGCCUCUUGAAGAAUGGAGGCAUCUCCACUCAUGUUACACAGAGACCUCGAUUUUCCUCCUUGAUAGGCAGGCGACAAGAAUAACAGAUCAAUUGCAGGAAAAUUCCAGCUUAAAUUUUUUUUAAAAAUCAUGAAUAAUUAAUUAAAUUCCUCUCAAUGCAAACAUUCAUUAGGUAACCAAAACCACAUCCCUUAGUUAUUUAGAUCUAUCAAGUGCAAUGACAUAUUUAACAUAAAUAACGUAUGAUCACACCAAAUAUAUAAACGUAUUCAAGUCUGGAUAGGGGGAAAGCGACGUAUCCAUGCAUUUUGGUACUCUGAUGAUCUGGUAUUUAGGUACCAUAAGUUGCUUGUGAUCAAACAGUUACUUAGUAAAGGGUUUCCUCCUCCAGAAUCCACCACUUCUGAUGAAAUGAUCCUCCCCUAAAUAAUAGCUUAUCCAACUGCAUGAGAUGAUAAUCAAUCCACUGUGCCUAUGCAACCUUUUCAGCAUUAAACUUCAUUCACCUACCCUAUACUGCUUAGUUGCUGUGUUAGUGUCUCAAGGCAGAAACAACUUGCAUUUAUAUGGCAGCUUUAGUAAACCAUUCCAAGGAGCUUCAUGGGAGCGACAUCAAAAAUUUCUGCCACAAAGCCACACACAGGUAGAUUUGUUCAAAGAGCUGAGUUGCCACGGUUGAAAUGGAGAGACUGUGGAGCAAGUUCCACUGAUAAGGAGGGGUGAGGGCACAGAGGGAUUUAAACAAAAAGUAUUUGAGUUGUUCACCAAUGGAACUAUCAAUUGGUAUUGGUUUAUUAUUGUCACUUGUACCAAGGUACCGUGAAAAACUUGUCUUGCUUACCAUUUGUACAGAUCAAUUCAUGACACAGUGCAUUGAGGUAGUACAGGGUAAAAGCAAUUACAGAAUACAGAGUAACGUGUCACAGCUACAGAGGAAGUGCAGUGCAGCUAGACAAUAAGCAGCAAGGUCAUAACAAGGUAGAUUUUGAGAUCAAGAGUCCAUCUCCUCGUAAAAGGGAACCAUUCAAUAGAAGCUAUCCUUGACCCUGGUGGUACGGGCCCUUAGGCUCCUUUAUCUUCUGCCUGAUGGGAGAGGAAAGAAGAGCGAAUGUCCUGGGUGGGUGGGGUCUUUGAUUAUGCUGGCUGCUUCACCAAGGCAGCGAGAGAUAUAGACAGAGUCCAUGGAGGGGAGGUUGGUUUCCAUGAUGUGUUGGGCUGUGUCCACAACUCUGCAGUUUCUUGCAGUCCUGGGCAGAGCAGUUGCCAUACCAGGCAGUGAUGCAUCCAGAUAGGAUGCUUUCUAUGGUGCAUCAAUUAUAGUUGGUGAGUGUCAAAGGGGACAUGCCAAAUUUCUUUCGCCUCCUGAGGAAGUAGAGGCGCUGGUGAGCUUUCUCCACCGUGGCAUCUACAUGGUUGGACCAGGACAGGCUAUUGGUGAUCACUCCAAAGAACUUGAAGCUCUCAACCCUAUUGACCUCAGCACCAUUGAUGUAGACAGGUGUAUGUACACCGCCCCCUUUCCUGAAGUCAAUGACCAGCUCUUUUGUUUUGCUGACAUUGAGGGAAAGCUUGUUCUCAUGACACUAUGUCACUAAGCUCUCUAUCUCCUUCCUGUACUACAACUCAUCAUUAUUUGAAAUACGGCCUACUACAGUGGUAACAUCUGCAAACUUGUAGAUGGAGUUAGAGCAGAAUCUGUCCAUGCAGUCAUAUAUAGGGAGUAUACAGGGAGUAGAGUAGAGGGCUGAGGAUGCAGCCUUGUGGGGCACCAGUGUUGAGAAUAAUCGUGCUGGAGGUGUUGCUGCCUAUCCUCACUGAUUGCGGUCUGUUGGCCAGAAAGUCAAGGAUCCAGUUGCAGAGGGAGGUGUUGAGUCCCAGGUCUCGGAGUUUGAUGAUGAGUUUGCUUGGAAUUAUAGUAUUGAAGGCGGAGCUGUAGUCAAUAAACAAUAGUCUAACGUAAGUGUCUUUCCUGUCCAGAUGCCUCAGAGAUGAGUGUAGGACCAGGGAGAUGGUGUCUGGUGUAGACCUGUUUCGGCGAUAGGCAAUUUGCAGUGGGUCAAGGUUUUCUUGAAGGCUGGAGUUAAUGUGUGCCAUGACCAGCCUCUCAAAGCACUUCAUGAUGGUGGAUGUCAGAGCCACCAGUCAGUAGUCAUUAAGGCAUGUUACCUUGUUAGGGAUGAUAGUGGUCUUCUUAAAACAGGAGGUUAAAUAUGUCUGCAAAUACCCCCACCAGCUGAUCAGCACAAUAUCUGAGCACAUGGCCAGGGACAUCAUCCAGGCCAGAUGCUUUCCUCGGGUUCACUCUCUGGAAGACUGAUCUUACGUCCUCAACGGUGACCACGGGUUCAGCUGCAUUGGAGGCUGUCAGGGUGGGUGGUGACAAACUAAUCCCCUUAUGUUCAAAACAUGCAUAGAAUGCGUUAAGUUCAUCAGGAAGGGAUGUGCUGUUGUCGACAAUGCUGCCUGACUUUGUUUUGUAGCCCGUUAUGGCAUGUAAGCCCUGCCACAACUGACUGCUGGUCUGGGACUCUACUUGAACUGGUAUUGUCUCUUGGCAUCUCUGAUAGCUUUAUGGAGCUCAUAUCUCGAUAUCUUGUAAAGGUCAGGGUCACCUGAUUGGAAUGCAGCAGUCCUCAACUUCAGUAAGGAGUGGAUCUCCUGGUUCAUCCGUGGUUUCCAGUUUGGGAGCACCCGUAUCGCCCUCUUUGGUACACAGUCCUCAACACACUUGCUGAUAAAGUCUGUGAUGGUGGUGGCAUACUCAUCUAGGCUGGCAACUGAGUCUUUGAACAUGGACCAACCCACUGACUCAAAGCAGUCGUGUAGAAGCUCAUCUAUUUCCUCAGACCAGCACUGCACGACACUCUGUACCGGAUCCUCCCAUUUCAGCUUCCGUUUGUAUGCAGGGAGGAGGAGCACAGCCUGGUGGUCAGAUUUACCAAAGUGAGGGUGAGGGGUGGCUCAGAAGGCAUCUCUGACGGUUGUAUAGCAGUGGUCAAGGGUGUUAGGGCUCCCAGUGAGGCAGGAGACAUGCUGGUAGUAUUUUGUUAACACACUCUUGAGGUUGGCCCAGUUGAAGUCACCUGCAGUAAUGAAGAAGGCCUCAGGGUAACCUGUUUCAAGGCUGUUGACCACAGAGUAUAGUUCAUUUGUUUUCUUUAUUGAACAAUAACCACCACAGUGAGAUACAACAUACACGAUGAGAAAAAUGUUGGGUUUCCAUCCUUUGGUAACACCAUAAGAAUGAAGUAUUGCUGUUGUUUUUCUUUGCUUUCAGUUUAAUAUUGCGCUUUCUGCUCCAUUACUCUCUGACUGUUUCCAACUCCUUCUCUUCCAGUGUUGAAUGCAAUCUCCACAUUGAAUCAAUGGUGGAAAUCAGCAUGGUUUCAAAUCUCUCUAUUGUCUUAAUGAUCCCAGUAUUUACUACCUUCUCCAACUACCCCAGCACUAUGAGAUCACGGUUAUGUUCCAAAAGCUGUAAUGGUCUCCAACCUGGCAGCAUGAACAUUGAAUUCUCCAACUUCCGGUAACCGCUCCCCCUCUGUCCCUUUUCCCUUUUCUCUUUUCUCUCUCCUCCUGAUCCAACUGACUUCUAUCAUCCCCUUCCCCCACCCCCUCCAUCUGCCCGUCACCCACACACCCCUCCCACUGGUUCCCCUCCCCACCUCCCUCCCUCUAUUCCAGGCUCCAUCAUCCUCUCCUAUCAGAUUCCAUCAUCUUCAGCCCUUUGUCACUUCCACCUACCAUCUCCCAGCUUCUGACGCCAUUCCCAAUCCCCCCCCUCCCUCAUCUGCCUAUCAUCCCCCCUCACCUGGAUCCACCUAUCACCUGCCAGCUCUUGCUCCACCCCUUCCCUCCACUUCUACUGGCUAUCUCCCCUCUAUCUUUCAGGCCAGAGGAAGGGUCUCGACCCAAAACAUUCACCGUCCAUUUCUCUCCACAGAUGCUGCCUGACCUGCUGAGUUCCUCCAGCGUUUUGUGUGUUGCUCCAGAUUCCAGAAUCUGCAGUCUCUUGUGUCUCCUUCAUACUGGGUUCAUGUUUGGCCAUCUAAGCUAAGGCUAUGGGGUAGGGAGAUUCCAGACAUAUGGAAUCCCAGAUGAGUGCAGCCAUCCUCUUCACAAAAUUAGUUUGUCAGUGUACUUGUGAGUUUUUUUUAUUAGGAUUUGCAAAAGGGUUAACAAAAUUCUGAUGCUGUCAGAUUUUUGUAUAUUAAGGGAAUCAAUGGAUUUGGAAUCCAAACACCUUUGUGAGCUGAUGGCAUGGUGCUGGGUUGAAGUUCUCUUCCAGUGAGCUGAGCACAGAAAUUAACGCUGGAAAUACUCAGCAGGUCAGGCUGCAUCCCACCCAGGAGCACAGCAUUAAGGCUGGAACUUCAGUGAGGCAGUGGUCCUUGUCAGACACAUUACUGAGACUGGAGGGCUGGAACUCUACAGAGAGACUGGAAUGUUUUUCCCUGGGGCGUAGGAGGCUGAGGGGUAACCUUAUAGAGGUUUAUAAAAUCAUGAGGGGCGUAGAUAAGAUGAAUGGUCACAGUCCUUUUCCCAGGAUUGGGGAAUCUAAAACUAAGGUGAGAGGGAAAGGAUUUACAGGGGACCUGAAAGAAAACUUCUUCACACACAGGGUGGCGGGUAGAAGAUUUAAAGUGGACCCAAGGAGCAAAUUUUUCAGACAGAGAGCAGUGGGUUUUUGGAACGAGCUGUCAGAGGAAGUGGUAGAGGUGGGUACAGUUACAACAUUUAAAAGAUAUUUGGACAGGUACAUGGAGAGGAAAGGUUUAAAGGGAUAUGGGCCAAAUGCAGGGCAAUGGGAGUAGCUCAGGUAGACAACUUGGUCAGCAUGGGCGAGUUGGGCCAAAGGGCCUUUUUCCGUGCUCUAUGGCUCUAUGACAUUGCCAUCGAUUGGAUGUGAUAAAACACCAAAGUCUUGUCUCCCUGCUUUGGAAACUGAAAAAGAUCCUAUGGUAUCAUUUUGAAGAAGAGGGUUAGAAGUUUCCUCAGUGUCCUUGCCAAUAUUUAUCACUCAGCCAUCUCCUAAAUAUAGAUUAUCAGUUGUAGGGAACAUGCUAUUCUUAGGAAAGUCACAACAGGGAAUUCAUAAUAAUAAUAGGAUUGGGCAGAGUCAACACAGAUUUAAGAAAGGAAGUCAUCUUAGAUAGAUCCAUUGGAGUUUUUUUGAGAUUGUAACACGCAGAAUAGAUAAAGGUGAACCAGUUGAUGUGUAUUUGGCUUUUGAGAAGGCAUUAGAAAGGGUACCACAUAAGGGAAAUAUUAAACAAAAUUAGACUGAUAUUAGGGGUGACAUGGUGGCGUGGAUGGAGGACUGGUUAGUGUGCAGGAAAGAGGAAGAAAGAACAAGGUGUUUGGGGUUGGAAGGCUGUAACCAGUGGGAAGCUGUGGGAAUCGGUGUUGAGGCCACAGUCGUUCACAAUCUAGGUCAACCAUUUGGAUGAGGGUCUCAAGUGCAAUAUAUCCAGGUUUGCAGAUGGUACAGAGAUGAAUGGAGAAUAAGGCUGUGAGGAGGAUGCAGAGAGGCUUCAGGGGGAUAUACAGGCUAAGACAAGGCACAUGGAAAACUGUGCAGUUAUUCACAAUGGCAGAGAAAAGAGGAAGCUGGACUACUUCUGAAAUCGCGAGAUUUAAAAAGUUGGUGCUCGUAAAGAGCUGCGUGUUCCUGUGCACAAAUGACUGAAAGUUAGUUAUUAGGUGCAGCCGGUAAUUAGGAAGGAAGACUGUAUGUUGGUCUUUAUUGAGAGAGGACUUCAGUGUAAAAGUAGAGAUGUACAUAAGGCUCUGGUGGGACUACAUCUCGAAUAUUGUGCAUAAGUGCGGUCGCCCUACAUAGAACAUAGAAAAACUACAGCACAGUUCAGGCCCUUCAGCCCACAAAGCUGUGCCGAACAUGUCCCUACCCUAGAAAUUACUAGGCUUACCUAUAGCCCUCCAUUUUUCUAAGCUCCAUGUACCUAUCCAAAAGUCUCUUAAAUGACCCUAUCGUAUCCGCCUCCACCACCGUUGCUGGCAGCCCAUUCCACGCACUCACUACUCUCUGAGUAAAAAUCUUAUCUCUGACAUCUCCUCUAUACCUACACCCCAGCACCUUAGGAAGGAUAUACUUGCAAUAAGGGGAUGCAGCAAUGGUGCACUAGAUUGAUUCCCUGGUGAUAAGUUUGACAUAUGAGGAGCAAUUAAGCAAACUUGACCUGAACCAGAGAAACAAAGGACUGCAGAGGCUAGAAUCUCGAUGAACCAUCUGCAGUUUGGAAGAAUUAGAAGUGAUCUUGCUGAAAUAUGCAAAAUUUGUCUGGUGCUUGGUGGUGGAUGUGGGGUUGACGUUUCCCCUGGCUGGGGAGCCAGGGUCAGAGAUGAGAAGAUACUUGUUUAUUCAGAGGAUAGACAAUCUCCAGAAUUCUCUGCCCAAAAAGGCUACAGUUGUUCAGUCACUAUCAAUAAUUUUUUAAGAUAUUGAAGGAAUCGAGGGAUAUGAGGUUAGUGCAGGAAAGUGGUGCAGAGUUAGGGAUCGUAUUGAACAAUGGAGGAGACUCAAGAACUGAUUGGCCUACUCCUGACAUGUUUACAUGUUCUUUUCUGCAAAUUGGCUGUCAUUCUUCAAUGUUACAGAACUGACUGCUCUUCAAAAGUUUUUCACUGGCUCUAGGCUUCAGGGCUACUAAAUAUGUACAGUCUUUCAUUCCUCUGUCCACUUCAGUUGGGUUGGAAUUUCUAUUCAGAAUGGAGACCUUUGGCUUCACAAAUAAUAUUUUAAAAAAUCAGUACUGUGCUGUCAACUGAAUGUUGCAAUCCUUUUCACUUUUUAAUUUUUACCUGCUUUCUGAAAGUCAUCAGAUAGAAGAUUUUGACCAACAAUUAAGGGGAAAUUUAUCACAAUAGAAAUCCUGUCAUCUCACAGCACUAUGAUAAAUUAGAACAGUUAGAACUGUAGAAUCGGCAGCUAGUUAUCACCAAAAAACCCAAUUUCUUUAUGUCUCGUCACCUCAAGGUGCUGUCUACCAAUGUGUGUCCAAGCAGGUACUACCCACUAAGUAUUUUGUCAUGACCCACAGUUAUGGUUGGUGUCUUCUUUGAGAAUCAUCCUCAAACUGCUUUUAACAAAUUACGAUGAGAUAAAUGUCAGUACCUCUUGAUCUCCAGGGAAGCUUCCAGUUUCACCAGAGCCUGUGGUUAGUCUGGUUCCCCAACACUUCUGAAUUGAUGUCAUCCACGUGACACUAUACUGUCCCACACUUAAACUUGAGUACAGUACUGAGGGGGUUCCCCACUGUCAGUGGUACCAUUUCUCAGAGGAGAUGUUAAGUGAUGGUCUGUCAUCCUAUUUUGCUCCUCCCACACUUAGCACAACCACCCCCCCCCCCCACUCACAAUUACCAAAAGCAUCAAUUAACAACAAACAAUCUGCUGGAGGAACUCAGCGGGUCAAGCAACAUCUGUGUUGGGGGGAGAAGGAAUUGUUAUUGAGUCCUGAUGCAGGGUUUCGACCCGAAACGUCAACUUUUCUGGUUGGCUGCAGGUGACUAGUGGUGUUCCACUGGCGUCGGUGUUGGGUCAGCUACUUUUCACGUUAUAUGUUAAUAGUCUAGAUAACGGAAUUGAUGGCUUUGUGGCCAAGUUUGAGGAUGAUACAAAGAUAGGUGGAGGGGCAGGUAGUGUUGAGGAAGCAGGGAGUCUGCAGAAAGACUUGGACAGGUUGGGAGAAUGGGCAAAGAAGUGGCAGAUGGAAUACAGUGUAGGGAGGUGUACGGUCAUGCACUUUGGUAGAAGGAAAAAAGACGUAGACUAUUUUCUAAAUUGGGAGAGAAUUUAGAAAUAGGAGGUGCAAAGGGACUUGGGAGUCCUAGUGUAGGAUUCCCUAAAGGUUAACUUGCAGGUUGAGUCGGUAAUAAGGAAGGCAAAUGCAAUGUUAGCAUUUAUUUUGAGGACUAGAAUAUAAAAGCAAGGAUGUAAUGCUGAGGCUUUAUAAGGCGUUGGUCAGACCACAUUUGGAGUAUUGUGAGUUGUUUUGUGCCCCAUAUCUAAGGAAAGAUGUGCUGGCGUUGGAGAUGGUCCAGAGGAGGUUUAUAAGAAUGAUCCUGGGGACGAAAGGGUUAAUGUAUGAGGCACAUUUGAUGGCUCUGGGCCUGUACUCGCUGGAGUUUAGAAGGAUGAGGGAGGAUCUCAUUGAAACCUACGGAAUAUUAAAAGGCCUGGAUAGAAUGAACGUGGAGAAGAUGUUUCCAGCAGUGGGAGAGUCCAGGACCAGAGGGCACAGCCUCCGAAUAGAAGGGCGUCCCUUCAGAACAGAGGUGAGGAGGAAUUUCUCUAGCCAGAGGGUGGGGAAUCUGUGGAAUUCAUUGCCACAGACGGCUGUGGAGGCCAAGUCAUUGGGUAAUUUAAAGCGGAGAUGAUAGCUUCUUGUUUAGUGAAGACAUCAAAGGUUACAGGGAGAAGGCAGGAGAAUGGUGUUGAGAGGGAAAAAUAAAUCAGCCAUGAUCGAAUGGCGGAGCAGACUCGAUGGGCUGAAUGGCCUAAUUCUGCUCCUAUGUCUUAUGGUCAAUUCCUUUCCCCCUACAGAUGCUGCUCGACCCACUGAGUUCCUCCAGCAGAUUGUUUCUUGCUCCGGAUUCCAGAAUCUGCAGUCUCUCGUGUCUCCAUUUUACUAAAAGCAUUACCUGUUGUCUCUUAUCUUGUUACUAUCUGUGCGCAAAUGACGGCCACAUUUCCUAAAGUACAACUGCAACUGCACAUAAUAGUCGUAGAGAGAUAUAGCACAGAAACAGGCCCUUCAGCCCACUGAGUCUGUGCCGACCAUCAAUCACCUAUUUACACGAAUCCUAUAUUAAUCCCAUUUUUUCAUACUUUUUUAUUUUUUAUUAUUUUUUGUCUGAAUUUGUAUCCUUCUAAAUCUUUCUUAUCCAUGUACCUGUCCAAAUGUCUUUUAAGUGCUAUUGUACCUGCUUCAACCACUUCCUCUGGCAGCUCGUUCCAUAUACGCACCAUGGCACUAGUGUUUUGAUUUGCCCCAUAGUAGGGCCUCCCACAACAAUUAAAUUGGUAAAUUAAAUUAAAUUGGUAAGUUGGUUUAUUAUUGUCACAUGUACUGAGGUACAGUGAAAAGCUUUAUUUUGCAUGCCAUCAGUACAGACCAAUUCAUUACAACAGUGCAUUGAGGCAGUACAAGGGAACACAAUAACAGAAAGCAGAAUAAAGUGUUACAGCUAUGGAGAAAAUGCACUGCAGGCAGACAAUAAGGUGCAAGGUCAUAAUGAGGUGGAUUAGCUUAGUAAUAACUAAUAGUUCAGGUUUUCAGUGGAUUGCCUCAUGCACUUACCCUACAUGUACUAGAUCUCUUGUAGAUUAUCCACAAAUGCAUGGUUUGCUGCUGCUCCUAAUAUCUGACUCAAGCCCUGUAGCUGAGUACUGAAGGAGCCAACACUCAUUUACAAGUGUCAAUCCUAGUGUUUAUUUAGUCUAAGAUCAUCCAUCAUGUACUUUGCCCAGGAUUCCUGGACACGACUGCCUACUUCAGCACUAUGUAAUAGAAAUUGGAUCCUCAGCUCAUACCUAUACAUUUUCCAGCCAAUUAAAUCUUUGUAAGAGUUAUAGGAAAUCCAACCGCCAAUUUGCACAUAGUAAACUCCCAUAAACUCAAAAUGAUCAGCUGAUUUGUUUUUAAGACGAUGUUUUACACAGGAUUAUAAAGGACAUACUGCACCGAAACAAGCAUUUCAACCCAUCCAGUCCAUUAGGAAAGCUAACAUCAGAAAGUUAUAUCUUGAACUGUGCAACACCCCUUCACUACUGCGCUGAAGUAGAAGAUUAAAUUGGUAAUUAGUUUAUUAUUGUCACAUUUACUGUGAUACAGUGAAAAGGUUUUGUUUGCAUGCCACCCAGACAGAUAUUCCAUAUAUAAGUACAUCAAAGUAGUACAAAAGGAAAAAAAUGCAGAAUAUAAUGUUACAGUUACAGUGCAGUGCAGGUAGACAAAUAAAGUGCAAGGGCCCUGAAGAGAUAGAUUGAGAGGUCAAGAGUUCAUCUUUAUCAUACAAGAGGUCCAUUCAAAAGUCUUAUAACAAUGGGAUAGAUGUUGUCCUUGAGCCUGGUGGUACAUGUUUUCAAGCUUCUGUAUCUUUUGUCCCAUUUUGGGGGAGAAGAGAAAAUAAGCAGGGUGGGAGAGGUCCUUGAUUAUGUUUUAUACAUUAGAUGUGAGAUGUAUUAUCACUGAGCAAUGGAGUCUCCAUAGCUGGGCAGGCAUUGUUUUGAUUAUUUCUUUUAUGUUUGUGGCAACCAUAUCUGAGAAUUGAAUCCAUCAAAGCGUUGAUAGGUGUACUUAAAUAAAAUAAGAGAUGGUAUAGCUGGAAGCAGGGAUUGUCGUUUGGUGGGUUAGUCAACUGCCUAAAGUAGCACUGAAUUUUUAAGAAGGAUGAUCCCCUCAAAUCUGUGUCAGCUCCUUGUAAAGGUUAUCCAAUGAUUCUCACUCCCCUGAUCUUUUCUCACAAUCCUGCAAUUAUUCACCUCAUCAAAUAUUUAACCAGUUGCCUUUCAAAAGAUGCAGUUGAAACUAUUUCCGCUGUAUUUUCAGGCAGUGCAUUCCACACUAUUAAAAAAAAUUCCCUACACCUUCUCACUGCUAAAUCUCCUUAAAUUAUCUUUCUCUGGCAAUGGAAACAGUAUCUCCUACUCUGUCAAAACCACUCAUAAUUUGAACACCUCAAUUAAAUGCCCCUCUUUAGUGAGAAUAGCUUCAGCUCUUUUUGAUCUAUUGUUGGGUGGUCCUCUAUGCUUGGUCAUAUGCCAGUAAAUCUCCUCUGCACUCAUUCCAUAGUCUUGACAUUCUAUGUCAAGUACAGUGGCCCAAACUCAACUCCCCACUUCAAGCUGAGGUCCAAUCAGUAAGCUAGAAAGGUUUAGCAUUCCCUAACAAAUACAAUGUUGUGUGGAUACUGGAAAUAUGAAAUGAAAACAGAAAAUGCUGGAAAUAUUCAGUGGGUGUAAUGAAUGGUGGUCAGCCUGAAAUAUUAAUUGUUUCUCACACCACAGAUGCUGCCAGACCUGCUGAGUAUUUAUAGCAAUUACUGUUGUUAUUUUAGAACAACCUUGUUUCUGUAACUUACGUACUUAUUUAUAAAGCCAAAGAAACCUUACGCACAUACUGUAGGAGAAUAAGGGAGUUCUCUUCAGUCAUUAUUUAUCACUCAAUUAACAUCACUAAAGCAUUAUUUGACUAUUAUCUCAUUGUUGUUUGUGGGAGUUUUCUACACUGCAGCCGAUGGCACUCUAAACAUUCUUAAUUUGCUGUAAAACAGGGUGAGUAAGGUACUAUAUCAUUUCAAAUGUACUUCUUAAUGUUUUAUUUCCAUUUGUCACCUGUUCAUUUUUGCAGUUAACUCAGUGACUUACUGUCACCAGAAGGCUAUUAAGAGUCACCAGAAAUCAGCAGACCAACUAAAUAAGAACAGAUUUCCUUCCCCAGUGAAAAUUUAGUGGACCGUCAGAUUGUUAACAACAGUCUGAUGGCUUCACAGCCAAUCAUGCAACCGUCAUGCCAAUUCAUACAGCAGCAUCCGAGAAGGUUGGAACAGGUAAAGGUGAUCCUGGAUAAAGUGACAAACGCACAACUAGAAAGAAAUAAGGGCUAAGAUUAAGCAAUCAAGUUCCAGUGAAUUUUCUGAUUCUGCUAGGUAAUGUUUUUAUACCAAUCCUUUGCUUGCUGACUCGCACAUGUUUCUUCAAGUAAUUAAUAUGUUCCAUUGUUUUAGCCAGGUAACCAUAUAUUCAAGUGUGGGCCCAUGUAAAUAUUAACAAGUUAUUCUAAUGUGAUAAGUCUUCAUAGCUGAGCAAGUAAUGUCAACAUUUGUGAUCUACAAGUUGUAACUUUUAAGGAGCCCACUAGCAUGCAGGAACACUGUUACUUCCCUGAUCCACCCCUGGCCUCUGUUAGCAAGUGAGCCACCUGCACCAUUAUAGGUGGAGACCUUGUGAGAUUACAUUUUGAGAUGUCACAUCUGAGUCAGUUGUGACAUUUCUCUUGCAAGCGUAACCUCCUUCAAUGGAUUGAAUGCAAUUGAGCCCACAGUUCCCAAAGGUUUCCACCACAGGGAUUUUCCUCCCAUCUGUUGUACAGUAACUGACGGAGACUGCUAGCUAUAACUAGCCAACAACUCCAACAUCUUGUAACGUGCAACUACCACGAUGGUAGAAGGUGGACUAAAUGGAUCCUGGCCUUCUAUAUCAAACAAUUCCUCGGUUUCAAUGUUAAUUUGUCUUUAUGUUGAAAGUCAAGUAUUUGUAAAAGUUAUGUAUUGUCUCUAUAAAUAAUUUUUCACAUCCAAUGUAUUGACUUAUGUGUUCAUUAAAAACAUAAAUGUGUCUCAGA